CCGCAACAACCAGGCCGUCAGGCGCAGCAAGCGGCGGCCCGGCCCCUUCUGCGAUAGCGCGACCCGCUUCCGCGCGGGACUGCGGACAUUGGCAGCCACCGCGGCCGGCGCCGGUCGCACGUGUGAGAAUUCCGACUACCGGGAAGACCAGUGCGGCCGUGCAGCCGUGCGGCGGGUCUCCACUUGCCCACGCCGAUGGCGGGCAUACAAGAUGCAUGGCAUGCAUCGGAGGGACCGGAGCGGAGGGCAGGUAGUCAUCCUCCUCAGCUCAUCACCUCGGACGCACGCCACGUGUUCGUGCAUAUGCUCGUGAAGGCUUUCCUGAGUAAAGUACGAUGCUCUUCCUCAUUGAUUUGUAGAUUAGUUCUCAGAAACAUUAUCACCCUUGUGGCUAGCAAUUGGUCAACGCGAGCCUCCUGAUAUAUCCGAGACAAUUUGCCCCCGGCUUCUUUUAUCUAGUGACUACUGAGUGUUUGUACGCGAGCGUUAGCACAAUUGGUGCAGGAGAGCCGAACUGUUGUGGUUCAUAUGAGCACUCGUCUUUGGCCGUCAAAAUGUAGUCUAUUUCAGAGCAUACAUCUUUAAGGGGCUGAUGUAUAGUGCAUCGUUUUUUUUUUUUUGGUGCUUAGUGACCAAUCAGCUUACUUUAUGGCAAACAGAUGUUAUCGUAUAAUUCAUAUGCAAACAAGUUAUCUCCGCUAUCUUCAGAAUGCUAGGAUUUCACCCUUCUUUUUUGUAUUGUCUUUCAUAAUUUCAUCUACAAAUUAGUUGGUUUUCAGCUCCGAUCCUCUUGUUCAUGCAGAACUGAUGAACGUGGUGUAUAUAAGUGCAUCUGGAUAGCGUCCUCCAGUGACGCUACUUGCUUCUAAAUUGCAAAUAAAUUCCAUAUGCCUUUUCGUCUGCAACAUUCCUAGUGGUCAUGAACAGAAUUUGGGAUCACAGAAUUGUUGUGAAGUGAGAUCUACGCAUAUUCAUUUCUGAUCAUCAAGAUGGCGUGACUGGUAUUAUGACAACUAGUUCUGUUUGUUUCACCUGAUUAGCUCAUGGUUAUGCAAUCUCACAUUCAAUACUUAUAAUUACAAAAACUACUGUAAUAGUUUGUGUUUUUUUUCUCAUUCUCAUGCUUCCGUGACAGAGAAAAUUAAUGCAUAAAUAGAAACCAAACUCCAGUACAUAGCACAGCCAGUUCUAUAAAUUAGCGUUCCUUACCAAUUUGGGAUUCAGCUAAGCUCAGUCUCAUUCAGAGAUCAUCCCUGCAGCUAACCCCCACCCCUAUUCUUGGAACCACACAAAAUUGUAGUAGUCUACAUCCUAUAGUUAUUUUCAGGGUUUGAUACAAGAAUACGAUUCAUUUCUAGUGCCAAAAAUCAUAGUUCUGUAUUCAGAUGGCUCGGAAUCUUUAUCUACUCUGUUUCCUAAUUCUUUUCAUUUCCUUGAACCUGCGAAGCGUUCUCUCAUGGAGGAUCCAGAACUCUACAGAUGAUCAGUGCCCCCCGCAACCCCAUCCUUUAGGUAUGUGCAAGGCACGAGUAGCAGCCUAUGGCUAUCCAUGUGAAGAAUAUCAGGUCACAACAGAAGAUGGCUAUAUUCUUAGCUUAAAGAGGAUCCCCCAUGGUCCUUCUAAUGCUGACAACUCGACUGAGGAUAGGACACCUGUACUUUUAUUCCAUGGGCUGAUGGUGGAUGGUUUCUGUUGGGUAUUAAGUACACCAAAACAAUCGCUUGGCUUCAUUUUGGCAGACGGUGGCUUUGAUGUUUGGAUUGCCAACUGUCGUGGAACAAAAUCCAGUCGAAAACAUACCACCCUCACCCCAGAAGACCCGGCUUUCUGGGACUUCACAUGGGACGAACUUGCUGCUUAUGAUCUUCCUGCAGUACUUCAGUUUGUCUACAAUCAAACAGGAGGCAAGAAAGUCCAUUAUGUCGGUCACUCCCUGGGAACCUUGAUUAUUCUUGCAGCCUUCACAGAGCACAAGUUAAUAGACAUAGUGAGAUCAGCUGUGUUGCUCUGCCCAAUUGCUUAUCUGCACAGGAUGAGAUCCAGACUCAUAUUGCUAGCGGCUCGUAUCUUCCUUGCAGAAACAAUUCACAUGCUGGGUUUUCACGAGUUCAAUCCUGUUGGGCGAGUUGCACAAGAAGUUUUGGGCGAAGUCUGCACCGACCCUGAAGUUGACUGUUAUGAUUUAUUUGGAGCUGUAGCCGGACCGGACUGCUGCCUCAAUACUUCGACCACAUGCAUCUUCCUGCAGCAUGGUCCACAAUCGACCUCUGUGAAAAACAUGAUUCACAUGUCGCAAUUGGUCAGGAAAGCUGGGGUCAGAAGGUACGACUAUGGAAACGAGAAGGAGAACAUGAAGCACUACAAUCAGCCAGAGCCCCCGCUGUACAACCUCUCGUCCAUUCCACCCCAUGUCCCCUUGUUCCUCACCCAUGGUGGCCAAGAUUUUCUCGGUGAUGUCCCCGACACCAGGCACCUCCUGCGGACGCUGGUCAGGGAGCACGACAGUGAUGACAUUGAGGUGCUGUACAUGCCUGACUACGCUCAUGGCGACUUCGUGAUGGGUUACAAUGCUCCACAGCUCAUAUACAAGCCCAUAGUGGAAUUCUUCAAGCGUCACUGACACUGAGAACCUAUGCUGCAGGUCACUUUAUCAUAAGCUGUAGCCUGUAGCAAACAUCAAUAGUUUCACUGUUUCAGAUCAACUUUCAGUCUAUGAAGGUUUGAAUUACACCUCA